AUGUCGUCAGCAGCCCCUACUGAGGGGGUGGAUAAGGAGGUUGCGACUCAAGCGGGCGCGUCUGUACCCGCAAAUAGCGCUGCAAAUGACAGUGCAAAUCGAACCAAGGUUGAACAAACACCUGUUAUACGCGAACACCCAGUACCAACUACACCGUCCACAUCAGUCCAUCCAGUAGACACACUACAGGUUGCUAACAGUACCAAGAAACUCAGUGCAGCUGUUUCUGACUCAGAUUUGGGUGCAGGACAUACGUCACACCUAUCGGAUGUAAACACACACCCCACAAACACACCCAACACCACCCCGGCCAUGAGGGCCAGCGAGCAGAAACCCAACGUGAGUUAUAGUGCAGAUGUCAAGUUUAGCGAGAAGAACAGCAAUUUAGAUAGACAGGAUUCAGAGGCAAACGGCGAUCCAAGUGCGAAAAUAGUCGCAUACGACGCUAGUGGGAGGGCAAUCACUAGCACGGCAGCUGCGCACACGGCAGAGCCACUGCCCACGAAUGUAGUUACAUCGCCCUUUGAAGCCUACUGCAAGAUACAGGGCAAGGACUUUGUGUACUACGUGCGGUCUCUUUCGGUCACUCUGGGGCGCAAAACCACCAACACCGAUGAGGUGGACGUUGAUCUGGGCAAGUCCAAAAGCGUCUCCCGCCGACACCUGCGCCUAGACUUCAACUUUGUCACCCGCCGGUUUGAACUGUCCUGUUUUGGACGAAACGGGGUCAUUGUGAACGACCAUUUCCACGGACAGGGCAGCCCCCCUAUAGUACUCACCAACAAGAGCAAGAUCAGCAUUGGGGAAGUGACGUUUAUGUUUCUGUUGCCUGUGGGAGUCGUUACACAGCGACUCAAGCCAUUGAGCAAGCGUGAGCUUAGUUUAGAAGACUCGGCAUUGAGAGAACGUGAACAGCUGCAGGUCAGAGACAACGACCACGACCCCAAACGCCUCAAGAUCUCAAGGUCACCCUCGCCCCGGCCGGGCAGCCCAGACUUGUCGUCAGCACCGCCAUCGCCCAUGAUUGACGGCAGUGGACAAUUAACCGGGAAUCACGGACACCACCAGAACACGUCCCUGCCCGAGUACAAGACCGAUCCCAGCGUGAAGCCGCCCUUCAGCUACGCCACACUCAUAGCACAGGCCAUUAAGAGCGUGCCGCAGAAGAAGCUCACGCUCAGUGGCAUCUACUCGUUUAUCAUGGACAACUUCCCCUUCUACCGCUGCAGCACCGACAAUGGGUGGCAGAACAGUAUCCGCCACAACCUGUCGCUUAACAAGUGCUUUGAGAAGGUCAUGCGUGCGGCUAAUGAUCCUGGCAAGGGUGCCUUCUGGACCAUCGACCCCGCGGCAGAGAGUCAGUUCACCGACGGCACAUACAAACGCAGGAGCCGGAGUAAUAAGAAGACGGUGUCUACGGACAGUACGUCCAAGAACAAGGUAUGGGGGGGCGAUGGGAGAGCCGUCAGCACCAAACUAUCGCGGACAUUGACAUCUGAGUCGGUGGGCAGCACACCCUCAGUACAGACACUGGCCACGUCCAUCAACGCUCAGGCAGGGCUAUCGCCAUCCCCUAAGAUACGAGCACAGGGACAUACGUACACACAAGCACAGACACAGACACACGGGUAUGCACAGGCACAAGGCCACUCCCUGAUCCCCUCGCCGAGUAAUAGUGGCGUGCAGAGUGCACAUAGCGGGACGGCCGGGGCGAAUACCGGGACGGGAGAGACGGCGAAUGGGGGUGGGGGGGGGGGCAAUCCAUACGCAACCCUCACAACACCGUUGGCGUAUCACACGAGCGCGCGACAACAGCAGCCACGCACACCACAGCAACAAGCACGCACGCACACACAUGCACACGCGCAAGCUCAGGGCACGUCUGAGUAUGGGCAGACCCUGUCGCCGCAUGUGUCGCCGCGUAUGAGUGCCAAGCGGGUGAAGCUGGAGGCUGUGGUCGGUGAGGAGAAGAGUGGUACGAUGGGUUACCAUGGUAACGGCGGGGAGAGGGGUGGCCGGGUGGAGAGGCUGACUAUGAUGGGAAGCGAGGAGGGGGGUGGCGGGGGUCAGAGUGCUGGUGCUGCACAGGUAUACACCCCCCAAACACAGCAACACCCACAAGCACACCCACAGGUACAAGUGCAGCCGCCACCAGAAAUACAGCCACAAGUACAACCACAAAUACAGCCACAAGUACAAACACAGCCACAGCCACAAGUACAAACACAGCCACAGCCACAAAUACAGCCACAAGUACAACCACAACCAGAAGUAUACCCACAGCCACAAAUAGAACCACAAAUACAGCCACAAGUGCAAGUACAACCUCCACCAGAAGUAUACCCACCAAUACAGCCACAUGCACAGGUAGAACUACCGCCAGAAAUACAGCCACAGCCACAAAUAGAACCACAAAUACAGCCACAAGUACAACCACAACCAGAAGUAUACCCACAGGCACAGCCACAAAUACAGCCACAAGUACAACCACAACCAGAAGUAUACCCACAGGCACAGCCACAAAUAGAACCACAAAUACAGCCACAAGUGCAAGUACAACCUCCACCAGAAGUAUACCCACCAAUACAGCCACAUGCACAGGUAGAACUACCGCCAGAAAUACAGCCACAGGCACAACCACAACCGCAAAUACAGUUACAAGCACAACCAAUGCAAAGAGAUCAGCAGGUGGUUACGUCACACGCACACGCGGAAGAGCAACCACUCACACAGGCAACCACACAGCCACACGGACAGAUGCAACCAAGGUCAACAACGGAUAGCACACCCCAAAUGCCAAUACAACCAGCACACACCACACAGCCACAACCAGUACUACAGUCACAGCCACAGCCACAACCAGUGGUACAGUCCCACUCACAGCCAGUACUACAGUCACAGCCACAGACACAAGAACCACCACAGACACACUUAGAGCAGCAGAUGCAGCCAGUACUGCAGGCACAAGUACAACCACAAGUACAGCCACAAGUACAACCACAGACACAGACACACGUGCAACAACAGAUGCAACCCGUACGAAAGGCGCAAGUACAACCACAAAUACAGCCAGUACGACAAUCGCAAGUGCACCCACAAGUACAACCACAGAUACAGUCAUCACCACAACCACAACACCAACCACCACUACCACAGCCCACGGCACAACGCACCACACCACCUCCAGCGCACACUGACACCACUCCUGCACCGACUCAGACGGUCUCUCAGGCAGACGCAAACGCGAACUCAACUGCUCAGAACACGCCAGCACAUGCACCAGACAACGCACGUGUGUACGUGCAUACGACACAGCAGCAACCGUCUGUAGUACAACCUCAGCAGCAGCAGCGACCGUCUGUAGUACAACCUCAGCAGCAGCAGCAACCGUCUGUAGCACAACCUCAGCAGCAGCAGCAACCGUCUGUAGUACAACCGCAGCAGCAGCAGCAACCGUCUGUAGUACAACCUCAGCAGCAGCAGCGACCGUCUGUAGUACAACCUCAGCAGCAGCAGCAACCGUCUGUAGCACAACCUCAGCAGCAGCAGCAACCGUCUGUAGUACAACCGCAGACGACGGCCCAGGGCACUCUGCACCCAACGCCUCUGAAUGAGGACAGCCAGACACUUGUUACUGAGCAGAUAAACCUUAAAACCCUACAAGGGGAGAGCACAGGCAGGCCAGUCCAGCCGCCAGGCCCUGGCACUAGUACGGAUAUACAGGCACAACCACCAGGAGUGAGUACAGGAGUAGGUAUACAUCCACAGGGGCAGCCAGAUGCAGGUGGCAGUGCUAGUAAUGGGACAACAGUGUAA